AUGGUAAUACAAAAGAAUGUGGUUCGUUUGCCUGUUUUCGUGCUAAAACAUUCAAAUCGUACCAAAAGUCGACAUACUAGUGCUCAGCGUCAACAAGCCACGUCUUCAACUGAUGUAUCAGGAGAACAACAUAUUUCAAAAUUUAGAAUAUGUGACAGCUUUGUGGAGUAUAUGAUUAGCAAGCAUCAGCAGAGACUUCGACAGUUGUCCGCCCAUAUCAGGAGAGAAGCAGCUGAACGCCAAAAUGACUACGGACGGACCUUCCGAUAUCGAGACUUUAUCAUCACAGGCUUACGCCAAAUUCUAGCCCGUGACCAAAACCAAUAUCUCGUCCCUGUAGGUUCUACUGCUUCGGGUCUUGCUAGUGGUACAUCGGAUAUUGAUUUAGUUUAUAUAUCUACAACAAAUGAAAAGCAGAGAGAAAAACUGUUGCAAUUGCUCACUAGGGAAAGUUUCAAACGUACAUUUAUAACAGAGGUGAAAAGUAAAAUAGAAAAGUCCAGCCUUGUCAAAGAAUUUGAUUGGAAUGAGACAGAUAUCAUUCAUACAGCUCGGGUACCAAUCCUUCAUUUGCAAACGAAAAAACGUAUGCAAGUUGAUAUUCAGUUUGAGAAAUAUGCAUCAAUUAGAAAUACUUACUUUGUUCGACGUUGUUCUCAGCAUGACGUUCGUGUAUGUCUAUUGAAUAUAUGGGCUCAGAAAUGGUUAGAAACACAAAGGCUAAAAGACAGUAAACAUGGUUUAUUUUCAACAUAUCAUGUGUUAAUGCUCGUUCUUCAUUUUUUGCAGUGCACUGGUUUGUAUGGUUUUAAAUCAGUUUUACCAGUAAUGUGCAAGAAGUAUAGAGGAAAUCUAAAGCCGACUGUACCUAUUCAACAGUUAACAGCUUCUUUGUGUUCAAAGCCUAAAGAAUUGAAUUUUCAAGAAAGGCAGACGCCAGACGUGGCAGAAUUGGUAUUGUUGUUCAUAAGCCAUUAUGCAAAAUACGACUUUAGUGAAAUUAGCUUGCAUUUGCGUGAUGGAACAGUCACUGAAAAAAACUAUAUCUGCCAUGAAUUCGAUCGAAAUGACGUUUCAUUAUUUGAUCCUUAUGCUUCAACAUCAGUUUGUCGUGUUAAAGGAGGUGCAGAUCUAUUGACAAACGCUUUUCAAAUGACAAAGAGAAAUAUGCUUGCUGGUCACUGCCUGGAGUGGCCGAUAUCUUUGAAGUGA